CACUGAACGGCACGACGACCGUCGUCUUCCUCUCUCAACGACGCUCCACCACGAAGGAUUAUACAACUGACUCUGAUAUGUCUUCCCUGAAUUUCAUUGUCUCGCGCGCUGCAGAAUGGCCCACUGAGAUACUGCAUUUGGCGUGCUUACUUGACUCUCCAACCCCAUCACGACUUGCCAACGGCCCAUACCUAGCUGUCUCUUCUCGGGCGUCUCCAUUACUCGAGGAGCUCGAAAGUAUCCUAGAAUGUUCACCAGAAUAUCUCACAGAUUCCUCCUCGGAAGUAUUAGAUAUUUUGGAUCUACUGCUUUCGACUGUUGCCGCGCUCAAAGCUUUGCCGGCAGUUCGAAGGAUGAUGCUAGGCAGUCAACGAUACCAUUCUGGUCCCUUCUUAUACGUUCGCUCUCGUUUGUGUGCUAUGAUAAAUCAUAUAUAAUGCAAGAUGUUGCGUUCGUUCGACCACGAUUAUCACAUCAUUUGAAGAGGAUGGAGGAUGGACAUGCUUCAUUGCUGAUAUCUCAUAUCGUUGAAGAUAUUCGACGGCCAAGGCCAGUCAUAGAGGGUGACGCUUUGGGGCACCUGUCUAUCAUGAGAGCGGAACGCUCAAACGAACCAUCGCAGGAAAGAUACGACUCUGAAACUUCCUACGACGACGAAUCAUCCUCUGAUAGUGACACCAGCUAUGAACGCAUGGAGGCUUCAACGGAUCCGACGUCUGCCCAGUCAUCUUUCGUUCCCCUUGAUGCCCACAUCCUUGCCCACUGGCGACAUCCGAACUCUGUUGUUCUUCCGUACCUUUGUGUCACGGAUGAAGAAGACAUUUUCACCCUAAUGAGCGGUAUUCUUUAUCAACGUUCUACUUGGGGAAUUGCUGAGCCUGUUAUUGGAAUUAUCCUGUCAAACAAAGGGUCCGUAGGCCGGGUGGUCUUCGGUUGGCUUGACAAAAUAUGCGCCGACCCUGGUGUUCUACCCACAGUUCGUUUUGCGCAAGCAGAUGAGACGCGUAUAGACCCCUCAUUAGGAGUGUACGACCUCACUGACGCUGUCAGUGCUCUCAAAUUUGCACAAUUCAUCAUCGGCCUUCGCGCGCAUGUCGAGGGAAUCGUUGCCCAAUGCGGAACUCCGACGUUCAAACGACUUCCGUGGAGAUCAGAUACCAUCGAUGAUGACGAUUCCGGUACCGAAGAAGAACAAUGGGAACAAAGGAUUGUUCAUUGGCUAAAUACGGUGGAAAAAUGUGACACCGACCACACAGCACCUUCCGAUCCUUCAUCAACUCACUGCUGUUCAUUCAACAUGGCCGACUCCGGAAAGUGGAUUACGCGGGCCUCCUCGAAGGCUAGAUCUGCACGCCAUCCGAGGCGCUCGAUGUCUGCAGACAGCAAACGCGAACCUCCUCCAGCAGAUCUUACACCAUUUAUGCCCGAUAUCGAUCUCACGUAUCCUCGUGAGCCUUCCCUUGGAGCUACGGGUUCGAAGACCCCGUCAGAUAGAGCGUCAGCUCCGGCUGAAGAACGUGGACGACAAAAAACAACGACGGAUGGUGGUUCUUCUAAUAAGGGAAAGACCGGUAAGCGUUCGAAGAGCGCAGAUGCCUUGUCUUGUUCAGCGUUGGGUGCGAAGUCCUUCACUGGCAUAUCCCCUGCCGCAAAGCUUUCUUUCUCAAGCUAUGCACACGACCGCAAAAUCAUCAGUUUGACCAAUGUACACCUCAACACAGACUCUAACCUCGGACCUACCGUUUCGAAGGACGUUGACGCUUCGGAAAUCAAUGAGAUGCUCGGAUUUUAUGAUAAAAUGAUACAAUAUACGAAGCCACCUAUCGCUGAGCAUGGACUGCCUGUCGUUGAUAAACGGGUUCAGAAUGUGCGGGAGCAUUUCCUCUUACAAGCAAGGAAAUGUCCCGAUGGCGAGAAUACUCUGGAGCUCCCGCAAAGAUUCUGGGAAAUCAUCUCCGGUUGCUUUUCGUCUAUCUUGUGGGCAUCUGCUGGCGGAUACUCAAAAGAGAAGGGCGGUAAAUCUCACAAUGAAGCUGAGGCCCGCCAUGAGUGGGACAUCCUUCUCAAUCUUGGCUUUGUGGACUCGCAUGAGUUGGCCUCCGGAAGAGUGGUAUAAGUCCUUUCCAACGAUUGAAUGUUCUGUGUUUACUCUCUUCCCAGAUUUGAAAGGGCGCUUUCUCUGUCUCGGAAUGUUGCCUCGGAUCUGGCGAAAUUGUCUGCCCCGUUCAAUGGCAAAGAAUUUAAGGAUCUCGCCAAAGAAUUGGAACACAUCAUGGCCACCGAAGUCCUUACUGCUGCUGUCAAACAUAGACGCGCCGUCUCAGAUCUCUUUGCGAAUCCAGCAGCAGCACGGAG